CCUCCUCCUCGCUAGGUGAGCCAGGCAGCCAAGCGCCGAGGCCAUGGCCAUGGGCACCUUGGGGAAAGCGAGAGAAACUCCGCGGAAGCCCUCGCAUGGCUGCCAUGCUACCCCCAAAGCAAGACUAGAGGCGAAGCCAAGCAACCCUCUCCCCUCUCAUCCCAACUUGGCCCAGAUCGCUCAGUUCCGAAUGAUGAUGUCGCUGGGACACUUAGCCAAAGGAGCCAGCCUGGGCGAUCUCAUUGAAACGUGUAUUCACUCUUUUGAUACUGAUGGAAACUUAUGUCGGAGUAACCAGCUGCUACAAGUGAUGCUAACCAUGCAUCGGCUUAUCAUCUCGUCUACUGACUUGCUCCAAAAGCUCAUCGAACUAUAUAAGGAUGCUUUGGCCAAGCAUUCAUCUGGGCUUUGUCUGAAGAUCUGCUAUUUUGUAAGAUAUUGGAUAACGGAAUUCUGGGUCAUGUUUAAAUUGGAUGCCAGCUUGACAAACACUAUGGAGGAGUUUCAGGAAUUGGUGAAAGCUAACGGUGAGGAGUUACACUGCCGCCUAAUUGACACAACUCAAAUCAAUGCCCGAGACUGGUCUAGGAAGCUUACUCAAAGGAUAAAGCCCAACACCAGUAAGAAACGGAAAGUCUCACUUCUCUUUGAUCAUCUGGAGCCAGAAGAAUUGUCUGAGCAUCUUACUUACCUUGAAUUCAAAUCUUUCCGAAGGAUAUCGUUCUCCGAUUAUCAAAAUUACAUUGUGAAUAGCUGUGUGAAGGAGAAUCCCACCAUGGAACGGUCCAUUGCCUUAUGCAACGGCAUAUCCCAGUGGGUGCAGCUGAUGGUACUCAGCCGUCCCACCCCACAACUCCGGGCGGAAGUCUUCAUCAAGUUCAUAAAGGUGGCUCAGAAACUCCAUCAGCUGCAGAACUUCAACACGUUGAUGGCUGUGAUUGGAGGACUAUGUCACAGCUCCAUCUCCAGGCUGAAGGAGACAAGUUCUUAUGUUCCCCAUGAGAUCAACAAGGUACUCAGUGAAAUGACAGACCUACUGUCCUCUUGUAGAAACUAUGACAACUACCGGCGAGCCUAUGGGGAAUGCACCCACUUCAAGAUUCCCAUCCUAGGCGUGCACCUCAAAGACCUGAUCUCCUUGCAUGAGGCUAUGCCUGAUUACCUGGAAGACAGGAAAGUGAAUUUCCACAAGCUGCUGGCCCUCUACAACCACAUCAAUGAGCUGGUCCAACUGCAGGAGGUGGCACCACCCCUGGAAGCCAAUAAGGACUUGGUGCACUUGCUGACGUUAUCCCUGGAUCUCUACUAUACUGAAGAUGAAAUCUAUGAGCUUUCCUACGCUCGUGAACCAAGAAAUCACAAAGCUCCACCUUUAACACCUUCAAAGCCUCCAGUUGUAGUAGACUGGGCCUCCGGAAUAUCUCCCAAACCUGAUCCAAAGACCAUCAGCAAACAUGUGCAGAGGAUGGUGGAUUCUGUUUUCAAGAACUAUGAUCAUGACCAAGAUGGAUAUAUUUCCCAGGAAGAGUUUGAAAAGAUUGCUGCCAGCUUCCCCUUCUCCUUUUGUGUGAUGGAUAAGGACAGGGAAGGCUUAAUCAGUCGGGAUGAAAUCACUGCCUACUUCAUGAGGGCCAGUUCGAUCUAUUCCAAGUUAGGCCUUGGCUUUCCUCAUAACUUCCAGGAGACAACUUACUUAAAGCCUACCUUCUGUGACAACUGCGCUGGAUUUCUUUGGGGAGUGAUAAAACAAGGUUAUCGGUGCAAAGAUUGUGGGAUGAACUGCCACAAACAGUGCAAAGACCUGGUUGUGUUUGAGUGCAAGAAGAGAGCCAAGAGUCCAGCUAUGCCAGCAGAGAACAGCACCUCUGCUGGGCUAGCAUCUACCCUCUGCCCCCUCGGAGUCAAAGAUCCGCUACAUGGAUCUGAAGAAGGACCUUUCCUAGUAAAUGGGGAGGUGAUGGAACACAAUGAGGAGAGCAAGGAUCGGACUAUCAUGUUGAUGGGUGUUUCUGCUCAGAAGAUUUCUGUUCGGCUAAAGCGGGCCAUGGUCCAUAAGGGCACACAGACAGAAUCAGUCACUUGGGUUGGCCAUGAAGGCCCUAAUAGCCCCUUUAUGCUGUCUUCUCCAAGAAAGACAGCCCAGGACACUCUUUAUCUACUGCCCAGCUCCAUGUCUCCCUGCCCUAGCCCAGUCUUGGUCCGCAAGCGGGCCUUUGUAAAGUGGGAGAACAAGGAAUCCAUCACAAAAUCGAAGGAGGACCUCCGACACCUCAGACUCCCCACCUAUCAGGAUCUGGAGCAGGAAAUAAACACUCUGAAGGCAGACAAUGAAGUUCUAAGGACUGAACUAAGAUUUGCUCAGAAGAAAAUUGAGUCUCUUCGACUUGAAAGAAGCAACAAUCAUGUCCUGAGCCAUAAUGAACAUCAAAACUGCUCCUAG